AUGGAGCUCCACCCGCCGCUGUUGCAGCCUUUUCUCUUACUGCUGCUGCUGCCGCCGACGCUGCCGGCGGUGCCCGAGACUGGCGGGUCCUGGCAGUGCCCGCGCAUCCCGUAUGCUGCUUCCCGCGACUUUGCUGUGGAGUACUCGGUGCCCAGCUUCUCCGCCGGCAGUCCGGUACAAGCCAUUGCAACCUACGAGGGCGGCAGGGAAGGGAGUGCGGUGUUCGUGGCCACACGCAAUCGCCUGCAUGUGCUUGGACCUGAUCUGCAGCCGGUUGAGAGCCUGGCCACCGGCCCUGUUGGGGCCCCUGGCUGCCAGACGUGUGAGGCCUGUGGCCCAGGCCCCCUUGGCCCGCCAGGAGACACAGAUGCACAGGUUCUGGUGUUGGACCCCGCGCUUCCCGCACUGAUCAGCUGUGGCUCCAGCCUUCGAGGCCGCUGCUUCUUGCAUGAGCUAGAGCCAGGCAGGACAGCCCUGCACCUGGCGCCACCGGUCUGCCUUUUCUCAGAGCACAAUCGGCCAGAGGACUGUCCCGACUGUGUAGCCAGCCCUCUAGGCACCCUCGUGACUGUGGUUGAGCAGGGCCAGGCAUCCUAUUUGUACGUGGCAUCGUCACUGGACUCGGCAGUGGCCGCCAGCUUCAGCCCGCUCUCGGUGUCCAUCCGGCGGCUCAAGGCCGACGGUUCAGGAUUUGCAGCAGGCUUCGCAGCGCUCUCGGUGCUGCCCGAGCACCUCGAUUCCUACCGCAUCGAGUAUGUGUACAGUUUCCACGCCGGAGCCUUCGUCUAUUUCCUGAUGGUACAGCCCACCGACGUGGCAGCUGCUCCUGGCGCCUUGCACACGCGCCUGGCACGGCUCAGUGCUGUCGAGACCGACCUGGGCGAUUACCGAGAGCUGGUCCUUGACUGCCAUUUUGCCCCUAAACGCCGGCGACGCGCGGCCCAUGAGGGUGGGCAGCCCUACCCGGUGCUGCGGGCAGCCCACGCUGCUCCAGUGGGCGGCCACCUAGCCGCUGAGCUGAGCAUCCCUGAGGGGCAGGAAGUGCUCUUCGGGGUCUUCUCAGCUAGCAAAGACAGCCGCCCAGGUGCGGGUCCCAGUUCUGUGGUCUGCGCGUUCCCGGUCCACCUGCUGGACACUCUCAUCGAGCAGGGCGUAGAGCGCUGCUGUGAGCCUCCUGUCCCUCCUGGCCUCCGGCGAGGCCUGGACUUCUUCCAGUUGCCCAGUUUUUGCCCAGAUGCGCCUGGUCUGGGGGUCUCCAGCCCCAAUAUCAGCUGCCGCCACUUCCCUCUGCUCGUCAGCAGCAGCCUCUUACGGGUGGACCUAUUCAACGGGCUGUUGGGACCAGUGGAGGUCACAGCACUGUACGUGACGCGCCUCGACAACGUCACAGUGGCCCACAUGGGCACAGCCGAUGGGCGCAUCCUGCAGGUGGAGCUGGCCAGGUCUCUCAACUACUUGCUGUACGUGUCCAACUUCUCACUGGGCAGCAAUGGGCAGCCCGUGCAUCGGGGUGUCAGACGCCUUGGGGACCACCUGCUCUUUGCCUCUGGGGACCAGGUCUUCCAGGUACCGAUCCGGGGCCCUGGCUGUCGCCACUUCCUCACCUGUGGGCGCUGCCUGCGGGCACAGCGUUUCAUGGGCUGUGGAUGGUGUGGGGGCAUGUGUGGCCGGCAGAAGGAGUGUCCUGGCUCCUGGCAACAGGACUAUUGCCCACCCGAGCUUACUGAGUUCUAUCCCCGCAGUGGACCCCUAAGGGGCAGCACAAGACUGACCCUAUGUGGCACCAACUUUUACCUGUACCCUCCUGGUCUGGUGCCUGAAGGCACCCAUCAGGUCACUGUGGGUCGAAGUCCCUGCCGACUGUUACCUAAAGGCAACUCAGACCUCAGCCGACUGCCCCGGAAGGACUUCAUAGAGGAUUUUGAGUGUGAGCUGGAGCCCUUGAGCACGCAGGUAGCUGGGCCUGCAAACGUCAGCCUCACUGUGACCAAUAUGCCACUGGGCAGGCACUUCCGGGUAGAUGGCACCUCCAUGCUAGGAGGCUUCUCUUUCAUGGAACCAGUGCUGACAGCAGUCCGACCCUUCUUUGGCCCUCGGGCAGGAGGUACCUGCCUCACCCUUGAAGGCCGAGGCCUGUCUAUUGGCACCAGCCAAGCUGUGCUGGUCAAUGGGACUGAGUGCCCACUGAAACAGGUCAGCGAGGGGCAGCUUUUAUGCACCACGCCCCCUGGGGCCGCAACGGCCAGCGUUCCCAUUCGCCUGCAGGUAGGGGGCGCCGAGGUGCCUGGCUCUUGGAACUUCCACUACCAGGAAGACCCCAUUGUCCUGAGCAUCAGCCCCAAAUGCGGCUAUACUGGCUCCCACGUCACCAUCCGUGGCCAGCACCUGACUUCAGCAUGGCACCUCACGCUGUCAUUCCAUGACGGGGUCAGGGCAGUGGAGAACAGGUGUGAGGGGCAGCUCCCAGAGCAACACAGGUGCCGCCUGCCCGAAUAUGUGGUCCGAGGCCGCCGAGGGUGGGUGACAGGGAACCUGAGUGUGCGUGGGGAUGGAGCUCCUGGCUACACACUGCCUGGCUUUCGCUUCCUGCCUCCACCCCACCCACCCAGCAAGGACCUGGCCCCCCUGAAGCCUGAGGAGCAUGCCAUCAAGUUUGAGUACAUCGGGCUGGGCACUGUGGCCGACUGCGUGGCUGUGAAUGUGACUGUGAGUGGCAAGAGCUGCCAGCACGAGCUGCGGGGGGAUGUGGUAGUCUGCCCCCUGCCCCCCUCCCUGCAGCUUGGCAAGGACGGUGCUCCACUGCAGGUCUGCGUGGAUGGUGGGUGCUACACCCUGGGCAAGGUAGUGCGGCCAGGUCUGGAAGGGGUCCCCCAGAGCACGCUCCUCGGUGUCCUCCUGGCUCUGCUCCUGCUUGUGGCUGUGCUGGCGGCCAUAUUGGUUUUCAGUUACCACCGGAGGAAGCAGCUAGGCCUUGGGGGUCUGCCCACACCUCCUGGGUCUGGGUCAGCCUCUAGGACCUUGGAGUGGCUGGCUACUAGCAGGCAUUUGUCCACAGUUCUUUCUUCGAACCUGGAAGACUUGGCCUCCCUGGACCGGACCCCUGGAGCCAUGCCUCUGCCUCUGCUCCGCUCAGGCUCUGACUACAGAAACGGCCUUGCCCCUCCUAUCACUGGCCAGGAUUCCUCCACUCAGGUCCACAGAAUAUCCUCCUCAGACAGCGGGGAUGGGUCCCGUGUCCCAUUGCUGCGGAAAGGAUCCAUCCAGCUUGGGGACCUGGACUCUGUGCUCCUGGCUGAGGUCAAGGAUGUACUGAUUCCCCAUGAAAGGGUGGUCACCCAUGCUGACCGAGUCAUUGGCAAAGGCCAUUUUGGAGUUGUCUACCAUGGAGAAUACAUAGACGAGGCCCAGAAUCAAAUCCACUGUGCCAUCAAGUCACUGAGUCGCAUCACAGAGGUGCAGGAGGUGGAGGCCUUCCUGCGCGAGGGGCUGCUCAUGCGCCGUCUGCACCACCCGAACGUGCUGGCUCUCAUUGGCAUUGUGCUGCCCCCGGAAGGGCUGCCCCGCGUGCUGCUGCCCUACAUGCGCCAUGGAGACCUGCUGCAGUUCAUCCGCUCACCCCAGCGGAAUCCCACAGUAAAGGACCUCAUCAGCUUCGGCCUGCAGGUGGCCCACGGCAUGGAGUACCUGGCUGAGCAGAAGUUUGUGCACAGGGAUCUGGCUGCUCGGAACUGCAUGCUGGAUGAGUCAUUCACGGUCAAGGUGGCUGACUUUGGUCUUGCCCGUGAUGUCCUGGACAAGGAAUACUACAGUGUCCAACAGCACCGCCACGCUCGCCUGCCUGUCAAGUGGAUGGCGCUGGAGAGCCUGCAGACCUACAGAUUCACCACCAAGUCCGAUGUGUGGUCGUAUGGUGUGCUGUUAUGGGAGCUGCUGACGCGGGGUGCCCCUCCAUACCCCCACAUCGACCCUUUUGACCUCACUCACUUCCUGGCCCAGGGUCGGCGCCUGCCCCAGCCUGAGUAUUGCCCAGAUUCUCUGUACACUGUGAUGCAGCACUGCUGGGCGGCGGACCCCACGGCACGACCCACCUUCGGAGAGCUAGCAGGGGAAGUGGCACUCAUGGUGGCUGCGCUGCGAGGGGAUCACUACGUGCAGCUGCCCGUGGCCUACGUGAACAUGGGCCCUGGUGCCCCUGACAAGGCAAUCAUGCCCUUGGAACAGUCACCGUCCCCGACAGUGCACAGGAGCCCAGGGCGGCCCCGGCCCCUCUCAGAGCCACCGAGGCCCACGUGA